CAUCCCGCGGAACGUUCAGGCAGCCGGCGUUCCAUCAGUUCGGGGCAGCGGCAACCGAUCUUGCAAAGGGUUCAGCCCCGAGGGGGCGGGAGAUUUAUUUAAUUUAUUUAUUUCGAGGGGACGGACGACACAGGAUCCUCCUCCUCCUCCUCCUCGACUUCCCUGCACCCCACAUUGACGCUCCUACCGGCUCAGGGGGAGGGAAGGGCCGGCCGCUGCAGAAGGCGGCCCACCGCCCGCCCCUUCCAUCACUCUCUCACUAUCUCUCCCGCCCGACGACGACGGCGGCGGCAGCUCCACCUCCUCUUUCGCCGCCGCCGCCGCCGCAGCUCGGCCUGCUGUUGACAAACACGGCGUUCGAGGCGGGCGUACCGUUGGCGAGCGCCUCUUCUGUCUCCGGAGCAGAUCCCCGGAGCGCCUGGGCGGCCGGCAGCCGGGGAAGGGCUCGCGCGGAGCCGGGGAAGGGAUGUGGCAGACGCUGGCCCUCGGAGCUCUCUUCUUCCCGGGGCUUUUCGCAGUCUCCGUCCGCAGCCUGCGCUGGCUGGCGCCGGCAUGGAGCCUCAAGGACCGGAUCGUUCUCAGCGGCAGGCUGGUGUCGUCUGUCCAGGCCAUGAUGGCCACUCUUUCCGGGAUCAUUGUCAUCUUCAGCUGCGAGGACGUCGUGCACGACAGGCACUGGAUUGCGCGGGAGUACAUGUGGGUUGUGGUCUCCUACAUGGCCUACGACAUCUACGUCAUGUACCUCUGUCACUGGCACAAGGGCGAGGAGAAAGGGGAGGCGCACCCGAAGUAUUCUCUGGCCAGCGUCAACAGCUUCCUGCAGAGAGAAAGGCUUAUGGUCACACACCACCUUUUCAUCCUCGUCGUCCUCACGCCAGUGGCUACGCACUUCAGAGGUGAGCUGGGAGACUUCUUCGUCGGCUGCAUCUACACGGCUGAGCUGAGCACCCCAUUUGUAUCGUUGGGCAAGAUCCUGUUGCAGCUGAAAAUGCAGGAUUCGGCCUUGCACAAAGUCAACGGCGUCCUCAUCCUGGUGACCUUCUUCCUCUGCCGCAUUGUCCUCUUCCCCUUCAUGUACUGGGCCUACGGCCGCCAGGCCGGCCUCCCCAUCUACAAAGUGCCUUUCCACAUCCCCCUCCACUGCAACGUGGCCAACGCCCUGCUCAUCGCCCCUCAGCUCUACUGGUUCGCCCUCAUCUGCCGCAAGGCCCUGUGGCUGUACAGAGCCCCGCCGGCCCCGGACCGAGCCCGAUAAUGGCGGCCUGAGACCUGCUCCCUGUCGGCUGGGUCCUGCCUGCCCCGACUUUCUGCGCCAGCCUCUGGGGAGAGACCUCUCAGUCGGGACGCCGUGGGCUUUGCCCAGGAGUGACAGGCGACGCGACCUCUGCAGGUGGCCCCUGGGUGAAAUCCGGUUGCCAUACGGUGCCAGCAAGGCCGGGUUGCUUUUUGUUUUGUUCUGUUCUGAGGAGUCCACUGCCAGAAGAUUGCUGCUGGAUCCGGCCGCCCAGC